AUGACAGUUAUGGACAGAAGAGGAAAUCUGGCAACGACGCUCGCAUCGCCUGUCAGAUCAGUUAAAAAACUAGCGAUCUUCUUCAGUUCUCUCAUCCCGAUUCCCAUCAUCAAACUAAGAUGUAUCCUGGUACCUGUCCUGGCACACAGGUGCUAUGUGUGUGGACCACUCCAAAUGGGUUUCCAGAGAUCCUGUGAUCAGUUCAACUCCCUGACACAGCAGGAAUUCAUUGAGGCAUGCAAUGAUGAGGAACCAAUUAAAGGGACAUAUGGAUGCAGUGCUCAAUUCACAGAUUCAACAAUUGUCCGUGAAUGUGCCGUGAUAAGAAUGAACGAUUGCAAGGUUGCAAAUAACGUAAAGUAUUGCUACUGUGCGAAAGACUUAUGCAAUAAUGUCAAUUUUGACGACGAUAUGGAGAUGGAUGAUGAGGAUAUGGCCGAAGGUAGCGGAUUUAUUGAAGAGAAGGAAUAUGAAGUAACCGAACGUAUUACGACGACGAGCACAGCGAACACUUUUUAUGGUACCGUCACUCUGGUCAUGGUAUCCAUGUUACUGCGAUAAUGCAUAUAUAUAUAUAUAUAAAAUCACACUGAAGAAACAACAAUAUUGUCAAUUCCACGAUGUUUAGGACUUUAACAUCAAGCUCAAUGAUAUACCAAAUAUAAACAUUGGUGUUAAUUUAUUUUUCAGUGCCCAAGGCUUUAUGACCAAUGAUUUUUCAAUACUCACUUUGGAGGCUACGAACGUCUGGGUCAUGUGUGCAAUUUAGAUGUUAGCGUUUCUUGCCGAUUGUAUGCGCUUUUAGUAUUAUGUAAAGAAAAGAAGAAAAAAAAUACACGCACACAAACACAAAACAAUUAUGUAACAGUAUUAUAUAGGCUAUACAAAAAUAUGUCUUCCUCAGCUUUAAAUACAAAAAAAAAAAAUGGAAAAUUAUGUAACUGUGCAAUACUAGUCUUGAGAAAUAAGAAAUCUUAAUAUUUAU